CUGGGGCAAGUGCUCGCGCGGCCGCGAGUCCCCGGACGGUGGCAACUCUCCGGAUCACGGGAAGUCCUCGAGCCGCAGGAAGUCCUCGGGUAGCAACAAUUCCUCGAGCGGCCGCCAGUCCUCAGACCUUGGCAAGUCCUCGGAUAUCCGGAAGUCCUCAGACGGCAGCGAGUGCUCGGGCUGCGGGGAGUCCUCGAGCAGCAGCAGUUCCCCAGCCCAUUGUUGGGCCACGUCGGGUAGCUCCUCAGGCGGCCGAAAUUCCUCAUCCAGUUCCUUCCCAGGUGGCCAGUUUGCCUGUGGUCAGCUCGAGAACCAGCAUGGAUAAGAAAGAAGAUCUCUUCUGGGCCCAAGCUCGCAACCGGCGCCGGAAGAAGAUGCGGGUCCAGGCCCCCCUGGUACAGGCCCAGGCAGUACCAGGACGUGAAAGUUCAGCUACCAGGUCUCUUAAACAGUCAGCGAGGACCCAGCCAGUGUCCCGGGCCCUGUCAGCUUCUAGGGCCCAGACAGCCCAGUCCGCAUCGAGGACCCAGCCAGUGUCCCGGGCCCUGUCAGCUUCUAGGGCCCAGUCAGCCUCUGGGACCCAGCCGACAUUAUCUCGGGCCCAGUCAGUGCCAAGGCUCCAGUCUAUCUCUGGGCCCCAGCCCGCAUCCCGAGCCCAGUCAGCCUCUGGGAUCCAGUCGUCCCGUAUCCAGACAGCUUCCCGGUACCAGCCAGUGUCAAGACUCCAACUGGGGACCAGGCCUCAGACAGUCUCCCGGUCCCAGUCAGCCUCCGGGACCCAAGCAGCGUCCGGAUCACAGGCGGCCUCCCAGAGCCAGCCAGACUCUGGGACCCAGUCCAGCGACAAUGAGCUAGAAGAGCCCCGGGGGGCUAUUGUGGUGCCCUGGCGCACCAAGGAGGAGUGGGACCAGGUCAUGGUCUACCUCUUCUGCGCUGACAUUAAGCUGCAGAAGUAUGCACUGGACCGAGUGACGGCCUGGAAGAGCCGGUGUGCCAGUAACCUCCCCCUUGCCGUGUCCUGCACAGCAGACCUGGUGAGAUGUAAGGUGAUGGAUGAGAGCGGCGACGUGGGCACCCAAGAACUUAUCUUUCUUUAUGGCAUGGCGUUGGUCAGGUUUGUAAAUCUUAUAACUGAGUCCAAACAAAAACUUAUCAAUAUUCCCUUGAGACGCCUGGCACAUGAGAUGCAGAUCCCAGAGUGGAUCAUAAACCUUCGUCAUGAUUUCACACACAGGAAACUUCCUAGACUGAGCACUUGUCGAAGAGGUUGUGACUUUGUCUUAGACUGGCUUCGAAGAUCCUAUUGGUGCCGUCAGUUAGGGAGUGACCUGUGCGAAGCCUGGGGUACAGGAAUGGAUUUCCAGGAGGUAGAUAUGGGGGUGAUAGCGCCUCAUCUGGACAAUAUGGUUUCUGAAGAGGACAGGAAAGAAAAAGAACAGUAUGAUAAAAUCCGGAAAGUGCUGGUCUCCUAUGAAGAAGAGCAGUUUAGGGUGCUCAAAGAGCUAAGGCAGCUGCCUAAGGUUAUCAAAGCUUGGGCAAAUUUGUCCACUGAAGUGGAAUGGAUGGUGUCAAAAAUGAAGAAGUUUACACAGGAAAAUGGGACACUUGUGCUGAGCAUCUUGCUCAGUGACGGUUUCCUCAUUCCCACUGCAGAGCAGCUGGAAGCUUUGCAGAUUCAACCAGGAAAAUCCAUGAAUCAGACCAGCUUUGUGUUGCCUCGGUGCUUUUCUCACUUCUGGCAGCCCCUUUUGAAGGGCUUAGAAUCCCAGCCAUUCACCCAAGCUCUCCUGGAAAAGAUGUUCACGGUGCUUCCAGACUUUGGGGACACUGGGAUCCGGCCGGCCUACCUCAUCAGUUGGAUCAGUGAACUGCUAGUGGUCUAUGGCCCCCGUGGGGAACACUUCUCUUCUAGCCAGCGUGCCAUCCGGAAAACUUGGAAGAUUGCACGCCACAACUUCUCCUUGAAUUGGUCCCAGCUCCUCGAUGUCUGUCUGGACUGUGCCUGCUGGGCCACUCCCCCCCUCCUCCAUCUGCUUCUCAAGACCAUGGAACCAGCCUUUCCCUUAGACACUCAAGAGAAACUGAUGUGUCUCUGCACCAUCUACACCCAGGGUGGGAACCCCAACUCCAGACCAAGGAACAGGCAAGGGACUGGGCCUUUGAGGAGGCCUGCCUACACUCUGGAAGAUCUGCAGUGGCAGGUGAAGCAGUCUAUGAUGCUUGACAGGCAGAGGAAUUACAAGUCAGAGGAUGAGGAAGAGGCAGAGACUGAGAUGGAAGAGCUUCCUUCCACCAAGAGAAAGGAAGAGCCUGAGGUUAAACAGGAACCAGCAGAAAAGGCCUCCUUGAGGGAGACCCCUGAGGAGUUAGUUGAAAAGCAGGCUGAAUUGGAAGACUCUCCAUGGCAGCUUUGCUCAGAUGAUGUAGACUGGAGCAAAUAUCCCCUGGGCACCGUUCCAGGGCAAACAAAUGAUCCCAAUGAACUCAUGCUGGACAGCUUCACGAUGUUGCCUGUUGUGGACCAACCUGCAGUCCAGGAAAAUGAGAAUUUUCCUGAUGCGACACACCAUCCCACAGACCAGGACCCCGAAGAUGGGGAAGAGUUACUGUGGACCCAGAGUGAACUGCAUCGCAUUAAAAGCAACCUUAAAUUCUUCUAAAUCUAGGUUGGGAAGGGUGGUCCAUUCUCCUUUAUGCAGACACUACCCUUUCCUUCCAUAUCAAUACUAAAAACCAAGGUGCCCUCUCCCCCAGUGGAUUUUGGUGUAGCAUCACAGAUGCCACACUGACCCUAACCUGUGGUCUCCUUUAGACCUCAGGUAACAGCCAAACCCCCACUAAUUUAUCCUGCUGACCCCUCACCACCCCAGGGCAACUAUUCUGGCUCUGGUUGUUGGCACUGAACUAUAUGACUAGUGCCAACCACUUAUAUAAAAAAAUUUCCAGAGGAAAAAUAAAUGAAGCUUGAAGUCAUACAAGUGGUAAUGACUUGAAAAAAAAAUUUAACUCUCAUAUAAAACAAAUUUAUUACCCAAGAAACAAUUUUCUAGUCCUCUGGAGUCACCACUCUAUUGUUGACAAGCCCUCUGCCCCCAACUCCCUUCUUUUUUCUGUAUUUUACUGCUUCCUCCUGAAAACAUCUACACUGAGGGAGCCCCUUUUCUAAUCUCAUCUCUACCCCACAAUAGUCAGCAUAGCCUUACUCCCUAAAGUCACUUGGAUAAUCUUUGUUUCUUAUCACUAAGAAUGUCUUUUUGAAAAUUCAGUCCAUUUUUCAUUCUCCCCCAUUUUUUGUUGCUUUCAACUGCUGACUUUGGGGUAACUGGGGAGGAACUUCCCCACUUUCAUUUCCUUUUUUCCUUUGAUCUCUUUUUUAAAUUGAAUUUUUUCAGUUCUGAAUUCUCUACCUCCUCCAUCACCUUUCCCCACUCAUUGAGACGGCAAAAAAAAAAAAAUAAAAAAUAAAAAUAAAAAAUAAAAAAUAAAAAACAAAGCCCAUUACAAAUAUGUGUAGUCAUACAAAAAAAAAAAAAAAUUCCAUCAUUAGCCAUGCUCUCCCCUCCUCAAAAAAUAAAACAUGCUUCAGUUUUCACCCUGAGUCUUAUCAGCUCUCUAUCUGGAAGUGAAUAGCCUAGUUCAUAUCAGUCCUUUGGAACUGUUGUUGGUUAUUGCUUUGAUCAGAGUGCUUGAGUCUUUUAAAGUUGUUAUUACAAUAUUAUUAUUGUACAAGUUGUUCUUAUUCUGCUCACUUUAUUUUACCUCAGUUCAUGCAAGUUUUCUCCAGGAUUUUUCUGAAACCAUCUCGUUCAUCAAUUCUUAAAGCACAGUAGUAUUUCAUCGCAUUCAUAUAUCAUAACUUGUUCAGCCAUUCCCAAAUUGAUGGUCAUCCUCUCAGUGUUUUGUUACCACAAAAAGAGCUGCUUAUAUAUUCUUGUACAUUUGGGUCCUUUUUCUCUUUCUUUGAUUUUAUUUUCUAGUAGAGGCACUGCUGGGUCAGAGGAAAUGCACAGUUUAAUAGCUUUUGGGGGAUAGUUCCAAAUUGCUUUCCAGAAUAUCUAAUUAGCUCCACCAAUAUUUCAUUAAUGUCAAUGCAUUCCUAUAGCCCCACAAGACCAUGUUAUUUUCCUUUUUUUGGUCACCUUAGACAAUCUUCUGGUCAUCCUAAAUAGUACCUCAGAGUUGUUUUAAUUUGAAUUUCUCUAAUUGUUAGGCUAUUCAUAACUUAGAUUUCUUCCUCUGAAAACUGCCUGUUCAUAUCUGACCAUUUAUCAAUUUAGGGAAUGGCUGUUUUUCUUGUAAACCUGACAUUUCUUUCUAUAUUUUAGAAAUAAGAAAUUUACCAGAGAAACUUGCUGCAAAGAUUUUUUUUUCCUCCCAAUUUCCUGCUCUUCUAAUUUAAAUGCACAGGUUUUUGUUUAUGUAAAAGCUUUUUUAAUUUUAUAUAAUCAAAAUUAUCCUUUUUAACAAUCUCACUCACGGGUCAUGAACUCUUACCUUUUCCAUAGAUCUGACAGGUAAUUUUUCCCAUUUUCCACUAAGUGCUUAUAAUAAUCACUCUUUAUAUCUAAAUAUUAUUUUGCUUCUAAGCUUAUCUCGGUAUAUGAUGUGAGAUGUUGUUGGUCUGUAUCUAGUUUGUGCCAUACUGAUUUUCAGGUUUCCUAAUAGUUUUGUUGAAUACUGAGCCCUUAACUUAAAUAGCUGUGAUCUCUGGGUUAAUCAAACACCAGGUUGUACUCAUUUAUUUCUGUACAUUACAUGUAUGUAUAUUACAUAAUCCCUAUACAUUGAUCAACUUUCUGUUAUUUACCCAGUACUAAACUGUUUUGAUAAUUACAUCUUUGUAGGAUAAUUUGAGACCUGGUACUAUUAGACCCCCAUUCUCCCCAUUUUCUUUAAUUGAUUCCCUUAAUAUUCUAGGCUUCUUGUUCUUCAUGAGGACAUUUGUUAUUUUUUGUAGCUCCAUAAAAUAAUACUUCGGUAUGGCACAAAAGUUAAUUUAGGUGUUGUUAAAAUUUUUAUUGUAUUGACACAGUCUAUCUGUGAUCAAUUAAUAUUUCUCCAAUUAUUUAGAUUUGUCUUUAUUUGUGUGAAGAGUGUUUUAUAACUGUGUUCAUGUUGUUCUUGUAUGGGUCUUAGCAGAAAGACUCCUAAGUAUUUAUAUUGUUAUUUUGAAUUGGAAAUUUCUCUUUUUAUAUCUUUCUGUAUUUUGUUGGUAACAUACAGAAAUGCCGAUGAAUUCUGUGGGUAUAUCUUAUGUCCUUACACUUUGCUCAAAUUGCUAAUUGUUUCAAUCAGUUUUUAUUUCAUUCUCUAAAUCAUCAAAUCAUUUGCAAAGAGUGAUAAUUUUGUUUCCUCUUUGCCAUGUGUAUUUCUUCAAUUUCUUUUUCUUGUCUUGUAAUAGCUAGCAUUACUAGUACAGUGUUAAAUAGUAAUGGGGAUAAUAGUUAUCUUUGCUUCUCCCCAAUCUUAAUGGAAAGGCUUCUAGCCUAACCAAGUUACAGAUAAUGCUGGCUUUUGAAUUUUAGAUAGAUACUACUUAUCAUUUUAAGAAAGGCUUCGUUUAUUCCUGUGCUUCUAGUGUUUUUAACAGGAAUGGGUGUUGUUUUUUGUCAAACUUUUUCUGCAUCUAUUGAAAAUAAGUGUGAUUUUUGUUGCUUUUGUUUUUAACGUGGUCAGUUAUGCUUAUAGAUUUCCUAAUUGAACCAGCCCUACAUUCCUGGUAUAAAUCUAUACUGGUGAUUGUGUAUGAUCUUUGUGAUAUAUUGCUGUAAUUGUGCUGGUAUUUUAUUUAAAAUUUUUGUAUCAGUAUUCAUUAAGUAAAUUGGUCUGUAGUUUUCUUUAUAUGUUUUGAUUCUUUUUGGUUUAAGUAUCAAAAAUAUUUGUAUCAGAAGGAAUUUAGUAGAACUUUCCUUCUUUACCUUUUUUUUUUCUUUUCAAAAGUAUAUGUAGUAUUGAAAAUAAUUGUUCUUUAAAUGUUUGGUAGAAUUUACUUGUAAAACUAUCUGUUCCUGGGGUUUUUUAUCUCAUGGAGUUCAUUUAAGGCUUAUUCGAUAUCUUUUUUUUUAUAAGGUAGAAUUAUUUCAAGUAUUAUGUUUCUUGUUCUGUUAAUCUGGGCAGUUUAUAAUUUUGCAAAUAUCCACUAAUUUCAUUUAUUUGGACUAUAAUUGGGCGCAAAAUAGCUCCAAAUAAUAAUUGCUUUUAAAUUCACCUUUUUUUUUUUUGUUUUGUUUUGUUUUUUGAUACUGACAAUUUGGUUUUCUUUUUUAAAUCAAAUUACCCAAUGGCCUAUUUUAUUAUUCUUGUUUUCUAGGAAAACAGGUACUAGUUUAUUCAAAUUUUUUUUUUUUACUUUAUAUUUUGUUAACCUCUUGAUUUUCAGGAUUUCUAUUUUGGUGUUUAAGAACUAAAGUUUUUUGGUUUUCUAAUUUGUUUUUCAUUAUAUGCCAAUUAAUUGCUCUGCUUUUUUUUUCCUUAUUGAUGUCAACAUUUAGAGAUACAAAUUUUCCCUUGAAAAUUUGUGAAAUUAGUGAAAUUUUACACAUUUUGGUAUGUUAUUUCAUUGUUGUCAUUAUCUUCAAUGAAAUUAUUGUUUCUAUGAUUUGUUCUUUGACCCACCCUUUUUUUUAGGAUUAAAUUAUUUAAUUUUCAGUUAAUUUUCAUCUAUGCUUCGAAGGCCUUUUAUUAAAUAUAAUUUUUAUUGCAUCACAAUCAGAAAAAGACACAUUUAUCUUUCUGUUUAUGAAAUUUUUAUGCUCUAACACAAAGUUAUCGAAUGUGUGGCCUGCAAAACUCCUGAGUACAGCCCUAGCCAGAUUAAAAUGUAAUUGGAAAAUGUUUAACAAAAUAAAUAAAAAUAAAAUAGAACCUAGAUAA